AUGUUCCCCAGGGCAAAAAGGACAUUGAAUAAUGCCCUCGGCCCGGAUAGCGACAUUAUUACCCCAGAUUACUGCCCACCUGAUGGUUGCAGGCAUCUCACGUCUCCCGUGUCAACGUCGGCCGGCCAGAGCAGUCUGCAGGCCGAGGAAUGCCCAGAUGUCGCGAUACAACCACAAAGCGAGCCACAGAGUGAGCCAGAGUUUCGGUUGCGCACAGAUCCGUUUGUCAUACCUUCAAGGACGAUUCCGAACUUCCAAAGAAACAGGAGACAAUGGAUCUGGCUCUCUCCCUGGUCAACAUGGUCCUUUACGGUGCGUCUCAUGUUGACAUUGGGCGAGAAGCUCCGGCCAGGAAGCCCUUCGCUUCCGCAGAACGUGCUCGACACAGAGGUAUACGAGUUCCCGUGGCCGUCUUUUUCGGCUUCAGAAGUAAACAUCUCAGGUCUACCAUCACUCAAUCAUGCACUGUAUCUCUUUACGACUGUGAAAUUCCAUCUCGGGCAGACCUAUCGACUGUUUGAUGAAGUCGAGUUUGAGAGCGAGAUCAAGGACUUUUAUGCAAACGCGGUACAAAAUGUGUCACAGUACCGCGUGUGGUUCAUCAAGUUUCUCCUCGUGUUAGCCUUCGGCACGGCUUUUCACACAUCUCACACGACGGCCCAGGAACCACCGGGUGCUCGCUUCUUUUCGAGGGCCAUGGCCCUCAUGCCGGGCCCUGGCUGCAUGUGGAAAGAGAGCAUGCUGGGGAUUGAAAUUUUGGCCAUGGCGGGCCUGUACCUUUUCUGUAUCGACGACAGAGAGUCGGCUCAUUGCUAUCUCAGCAAUGCGAUACGCAUCGCCCAAAUGGAGGGCCUUCAUACACAGCUUCCCCAAGAAGAGCUUGGCGCGGAAAAGGUGACGCAUUGCCGGGACCUCUGGUGGACAUUGUACAUUAUGGAUCGUCACUUUUCCUCGUCGCUCGGACUGCCCAUGUCGGUUCAAGACGGUGACAUAACCACACCUGUCAACCCGCCGAAUGUAGGUUCGCAAAGUGACAGUGCGCGUAGUCUUCAGGUCAAUCUCUCUCACCUAAUGUCCAUCAUCGUCACAACGGUCUAUCUGCCCGCCCGAACCCCCCUGACGUCCUUCUUGGAGCAGACUCGAUCUAUCCUGCACACCCUGGCUCAUCAUGCACAGGAAAUAGAAAGAAUCAUACGUCUCAAGUUUGACAAUUCACCAGGAGCCAUGCCCAGAGAGACGCAUUAUCUGACCAUGUUGUACCAUCAGUGUGUCAUAUUUGCGACUCGUCCGCCGCUUCUUGCCGCCCUCAAAGAGCGGUCAGAGUUGCUAGGCCAUCCCGAUGAUGAGAACUGGGAUGGCUUUUUGGCCCAAACGGCCACUGUCAUUUCUGCUGGCAUCAAAUCAGCCGCCAAAACACUCCAGAUUCUGUCCAAAGAAUACAGCAUGUUGGAAGUGUUUCUACCGUACGAUGUUGAAUUUGCUUUCGGGGCCGCGCUUCACCUGACCAUGGCCAGCGCCGUCUUCCCCGACGUGGUGGACUAUCAGCAUUGCCGACACCUUUCUCACCAGAUUCUUCACGAGUUGGUCUCUAGAGGCAACCGCAUCGCAAGGGCGAGGACGGCCGAGCUGAAAUACUUGGAAACCCUGUGCGCCGAGUUGGCCGUCCAAGGAAGGAGACAGGGCCACCAGACUUUGACAUUGUCCCAUUUGGAGAGCGAGCCGAUGGACGUAUGGGGCGCUGACGCUGGAAACGAGGCUAGGUUGACUGUGGGCGAUCAGAAUUUAGGCGCGGGCAUGCCGGAACCCGAUGACUCCCUGCAAGAUCUUGGCCACAAUACGUCGAGUAACAUGGAUUUGCUCAAUAGCAUUGGCAUCUCGGCUGACAAUUUCUUCUCUAUAAUACAACAGAUGCCAGAUCCGGAGACACUGUCGGAAAGCAUAUUGGACUGGGAUUUAUGGAAGGAGGCAACUUGA